AUUUAUUUUGAGUUUGGGAGGGGUGAAGUGCGUGUAUCUCUUGCUUAUUUUCGAUUUGUUGGAAUAUUUGCUUUAUUAUGUUAGGUGCCAGUGUAUUGUUGUAGUUUUUAUAAUAGCGUGUUUACUAUAAACUAAUUAGUUAACAUGUUGUGCAGUUAAAUAUAUUUUUCCUUUGGGCGUUGAGAAUCAUGCAAAAUGGCCAACGAUUUCUGGUCAUGUACCUGUUGUACCGAGGCACUAACUUGCUGGCUGAGACUAAAGUUAUCACCAGAAGAAAUAGAACAACGCUAUCGAAGUAAAGAAAUCGAUAGAAUACUGGAGAAAGAUAAGCAGACUCUUAGACGGCAGGUAAAAUUGUUACUACUUGGGGCAGGUGAAAGCGGAAAAUCAACAUUCCUGAAACAGAUGAGGAUAAUACAUAAAGUUAAGUUUGAGCCGGAACUGGUGCGGGAGUACCAACAUGUGAUAUAUCAGAACAUUGUACGGGGUAUCCAGGUAUUGGUGGAUGCGCGGGAUAAGCUUGCGAUACCGUGGGAAAACCCAAGGAACUUAGAUGUUGGUCAACAAGCACUGCACUUCAACAGCACGGCUUCACUAGACAGUAGACUUUUCAUGCAUUAUGCACCACACAUACACUCUUUGUGGUUGGACAGAGCCAUAAAGAGGGCAUAUGACAGGCGGAGAGAAUUUCAAUUGAGUGACUCGGUGAGCUACUUCUUUGACGAACUAGAACGCAUAGCUCGACCGGACUACGUGCCCUCCCACCAGGACAUCCUGCACUGUCGGAAGGCGACCAAAGGCAUCACGGAGUGCACUAUAAACAUAAACAGUGUGCCCUUCGUGUUCGUGGACGUCGGCGGGCAGCGGACUCAGCGACAGAAAUGGACGCAGUGUUUCGACUCUGUCACCUCGAUACUGUUCCUGGUGUCUUCAUCGGAGUUCGAUCAAGUCUUGUCAGAGGACAGGAAAACGAAUCGUCUCGAAGAGGCGCUCAACAUCUUCGACACGAUCGUGAACAACGUGAACUUCAAGGGAAUCUCUAUAAUACUGUUCCUCAACAAAUCGGAUCUGCUCGCGAAGAAGGUCGCCAGCAACGAGACCGACAUACGCUGGUACUACCCGCAGUUCGCCGGCGACCCGCACAAUCUCGCCGACGUGCAAAUGUUCCUUCUGAACAUGUUCGCGAACGUUCGCAGGGAACCGAAGACGACACUUUACCACCAUUUCACAACAGCCAUAGACACGCACAACAUAGAGGUAGUAUUCAACUCUGUCAAAGACACCAUCCUCAAUCGCAAUCUAGAAUCUCUUAUGCUGCAGUGACGCACGCGGUACGGACGCUCUAGUGAUGUAAAAAGGAUUUGUACCGAUUGUGAUAAAUGUUGGCAAUACGCGUUUACGUUUUUAUCGCUUGGUGUUUACGUCCCUUCGUUUUCGUAUUAAAUAGUCCUGUGUCGGCGUCAAUAUAAUGGGGACUCAAUGAAAAGACAGACAUGUGAUUUUUACUGUUGUUUUUUAGCCACUAUUGUACAAUAUGUAUAAAUUUUUGUUUUUCAUAUUUAUUUAUUUACCGAUCGCAUUUGCGUCGGUGAAAACUGUGUAUAGUAUAUCAUAUAUUAAUGAUAAAAAAUUUGUAUAUCAGUAUAUUUAUGACCAAAAAUAUAGAUUUUGCACUCGAUUAAUGUUUUGAUCACUUUUUGUGAAAUUUUACGUAUGUAUCUACGCAUGUACCCGUAUUUACGUACAAGGGAUUAGCUAUAAAGGCAAGCCGCAUUGUUGUACACGGAAUUAGUAUUAGAUAUAAUUUGUAUACAAUGUAUAAUCAGUGUAGGGGGAAGUCUUAGAAGAAAAUAAUAAAAUAAAAUGAAAUUAGUAUUUGAGAAGCUCUCAUAUGUUACUCGAUUAUAAUCUUUGUGAGAUUUGUUUAGAACAAUAUGAUUGUUUGAAUAAUAAAUGGUUAUCUAUAAUUGCAGUGCCAAGUUGAGACUAGACGUGUUAUUGGUUAGAUGAUUUGCUAUUGUAAUAAAUAUCAAUUAGAGUUUUGCUUUGUAGCUAACUGAAGGGAAAGGUACAAAAAAGGCGACGAAUAAAAAUUGCUCUGUGAUGGAUGGUGUUAUUGUGAAAGUGUUGGCUGUAACAGCAACGAAAGGUAUAUUUUAGUGUUGUUGCUAUAUCGAUAGUAUUGACAGAAUCGAGAAAUUUGUCCUAUGUAUCGAUAUUGUGUAUUUUUCAAAGUCAACUUUUCUAUAGUGAAAAUAUCCGUAUUGCAACAACAUUGCUAUGUUUAUAUUCAGAAGAUUGGCUGGUUCCGAUAUUCAAUGAAAUUGUGGGCUCAAUGAUACUGUAAAAUAAUUUCACAUAUUAUGCAUUAAAUGUCUAAUAAACGAUUUUGAAUGAAACUUUAACAUGUUAAUAAUUAAAAUCAAUUGGACAUAAUUGAUUGUUUUGUAAAGUGUGACAUGCUGUCGUAUGUAGGUACAGUCGGGACGAAAAGACUCUGCGAUGCCUUUUUCUAUGUUUUCGAUGUAAUCUGUGCGCUAUGGUCCUGCAGUGUUUUCUCUUACGAAAUAUUCCGUCCCUUGGCACAAAAUAAUGCAAAAAUGUGUAAUCUCACUAGCUUCUAACGUGUAUAUUUUAAUUAUAUACAUACAUUUUUGUACAAUUUUUACGAUAAUUUAAUGAUGGGCACAAAGUUUCAGUUGUCAUUGGAAAUAUAUUUGGAAUAUAUGACCUGGAAAAGUAUAAUAAUAAUAAACUAUCGCCUGAUCGAUAUAGUGUUUUCCAUGUAGGGUUUGACCACCUUACUCAAUACCAAUGCUAUAUGGCUGUAAGAACAUUUUAAAAAUUUUAUCAAUGAAAUUAUUAAACAUAUUUCUAUUAAACCAUUAUCUAUUUUGUCUGCUUCUUUCAAUUAUAUUAGAUUUGACUUCAUAAAAGUAUAAUCUAGGCUAACAAAACUACUUCGUAAAUUAUAAUAAACUAUUGGUCAUUGAAUUUACAUCCCUAUGUUAAUUAUAAUAAAAGAACGUAUAAUUAUGAAUAAGUAUAAAUACAUUCAGAGCUGAAAAAUAACUAUUAUAGCCAAAUAUUUGGCUACGGUUUUGAGUUACGAGGUCGGACCCCUGAUUUACAGCCAGUUGCACAAACGUUCAUUAAAUUGUCAUUGUUUAAAGCGACAUUACCCAUACAAAUAUGACAUUCAUUAGAGCUUAAAGACGUCAUUAAACCUUAAUGGACGUAUGUGCAACUGACCAUUACUCGAUAAGAUUUUGCGGCGAUGCAUAAUUUCGAUCAUAAUAAUUAUACUCAUUUAGUUGUGUAAGUUUCAUUAAGCUUAGUGUAUUUAUUUGAGUUUAGACAUACGAAAUCUUUAUUUACGAUAUUUUUAGAUUGAAUUAUUAUCUCUUUAUUAAAUGUAAAUUUUAUACGAAGGGUUAUCGAGGCUAUGUGUGUAUCUUGGUAUAACUUUGGUUCGGCAUUUCGUUCCCUUAUUAUGUACAUCUGGGCAGCAUCUCGGGGACCCUGCCGCGUCUUCAAAGCCAUAGUCAUAGAAACAGCUAUAAUAAUUAUAGUUAAAGUCCAACUUUGACAAUAUGGGGUAGUGCUUAUCAGGUCCUCCACCGUGCUAUUGCAACUGAUUGAUCCGUCAAAAUAGAGCCCCGAAUGAUCUUUCAGACUGACAGUUGAUCCAGGGAGUCUUUGAUCUGUAAUAGGAUUUUCGCGAUAGAGCCGCGGUUUCCUACAAAAUGGCAAAUUAACAUAAUUAUUAACCUUAUAUGCUGUUGACAGAAUAAAAUUCACGUGCAUAUAAUAGUAAUAAUGCAAAAGAAUAUUAAAUUUGUUUUGUUUUAUAAAUCGAAAUAAGCGUAAUUAUAAAAAACACCGAACAAGAUUCUCGUAUGUCCUUUGUACACGGAUAUAAGAUAUGUAUUGCAAUAACAAUUUUUCCAGUUUGUUGAAUAUGUCUCUUGAUUGCUUAAAAAUGAGUGGGACUCGCGACGGGCAGUGAUAAUAAUAUGCAUUUAAUAGUGCCAUUGUGUGGUGCGGGCGGUGUUGCCACGUG